GAACAUUUUGAUUUUUUUUAAAUGUCGGAUAUAAAACGUGCACGGAAAAGUGGAAGAUUUUACCGGCGGUCGAACAAGUUUAAGGCGCUGAAUCCAUCAGUUGAAAUUGGACAAGAAGCGACACAAGCUGAAACAUGCCCCCAAUCGUUACCUUUAGAUCUAUUUGAAGAUGAAUCUACAGUACCACCAAUCGGUAUAAAUAAACCCCAAAUUGAGGAAGAAGAUGAACCAUUGGUAGAUUACAUGUUACAUGACAAUGAUGAUGAGGAUGACGAUAGUUUUUUGAAAAAUGACAAUGCUCUAACGCUGGAUAAGUUGUCCGUAGUAGACGGAAUUCGAUAUUGGGCAUUGUCAACAAAUGCCACGCAUAAGUCCAUUGACAUGGUGUUAAAGUUAUUCCGAAAGGUUAAUGUAAAAGUCCCUGCAACUGCUAAAACCUUGCUGCAAACGAAACGCAACGCAUCGUCAGAAAUAAUGGAAAUUGGAGGAGGACAAUUUUGGUACCAUGGCAUUAAAAAGUGUUUGUGUAAUUACUACCCGUAAAUAGUUUAGAAAUGUCAAAAAAAUGGUGUAUAUU